AUGGGUGUAAGUGUUGCCGCUGGCUCGAAGUCUGUUGGCAGCGAGCUUGCUGCUGUGUUGCCAGAAGGUCCUUGGUACAAACGACCAUACCUGAUCAGGCUCAAUUUCAGCUUGAUCUCCUUGGUUCUCUUUUCAUCUGCCAAUGGUUAUGAUGGGUCCCUCAUGAACUCCCUCCAGGCGCUGUCCCAAUGGCAAGAGUUUAUGGACGACCCUAGCGGAGCGUGGCUUGGAUGGAUCAACGCCAUCUACUGGCUUGGUGCUGGAAUAUUCUUCCCUAUUGCCGCCUGGAUUGCCAACAAGUACGGACGCAAACCCGGAAUUUAUGUGGGCUACGUCUUUCUUGUCCUUGGAUCUGUGCUACAGGCACUGACACCCAACGAUGUCGGCUUCAUCCUCGCCCGCUUCUUCGUGGGAUGCGCCUCGGCCUUGUUCGGCAAUGCCGCCCCCGUUCUGAUCAAUGAAGUCGCAUAUCCUACCCACCGCGGCAUUCUGAACGCUCUUUUCAUGUGUGGAUGGUAUGUUGGUGGCUCUCUUGCAGCCUGGGAGACUUUUGCCACACGAAACUAUCCCAACCAUUGGGCCUGGCGGCUACCCUCCCUCUUGCAGAUCUUGCUGCCGCUUGUUGCGCUCCCUGGCCUACUCGUGGCGCCAGAAAGUCCUAGAUGGCUCAUCUCUCAGGACAGAUCCGGUGAGGCGCGGGAGAUCCUUGUCAAGGUCCACGCUGGUGGUGACCAGGACUCCCCACUUGUUGGUUACGAGUUCGCCGAGAUCCAAACGGCUAUCAAGACAGAGCAAGAGGCGCAUGGCAGCGCCUCCUACAUGGAGAUGGUAAGGACUCCUGGCAAUCGAUACCGUCUCUUCAUAUCGAUCAGUUUGGGCAUCUUCGCGCAAUGGGCUGGCAAUGGUGUGGUCAGCUAUUACCUCUCGUUGGUGCUCAACACCGUGGGAGUCACCAGUGUUACGGACCAGACCAUGAUUUCAGCCUGCCUCCAGGUUUGGAAUCUCGUCUUCUCUGUAGCCGGUGCACUAUUGGUGGAUAAGGCUGGGCGGAGGCCCCUCUUCUUGGCUUCUGCCCUUAUCAUGCUCAUCUCAUUCGUGCUGGUGACUGCCCUGUCCGCAUCGUUCGCUGAGAAGGGCGAAGCGUCAAUGGGCUUAGCUGUGAUCCCGUUCCUGUUCAUCUUCUUCGCCGGCUACGACAUUGCCCUGACGCCGUUUCUGACUGCGUAUCCCUGCGAGAUCUGGCCUUUCAGGCUGCGGAGCCGCGGCCUGACUGUCACUUGGGUUGCCGCCAUCACCGCCAUCUUCUUCAACACUUUUGCCAACCCCAUCGCCCUCGACAGCAUCGGUUGGAGGUACUACAUCGUCUUUGUCGUCAUUCUCCUGAUCAUGGCAGUCACUGUGUAUUUCUGGUACCCUGAGACUCGCGGGAGAUCCCUGGAGCAGAUUGCCAUCAUCUUCGACGGAGACGCCGCCGAGGUACUCGAUGUGAGCAAGGUAGAGGUAUUCAAUGAAAACAAGGUAGAGAUAGAGUUACGCGUGUAG